AUGUUGCCUCUCGCUGCUGCUGCCCGUCUUCAGGGCCAGGCUCGUCUCGCUGGAUCAAGAGUCGCCCAAAGGAUCCCCUCUGCACUCAGGGUCGCGUCUGUGCCAAUGGCCCGCACCCGUGCCUUCUCUCUCUUCCCUAAGGCUGCCUAUGCUUCCUCAGCCUCGAGCGAGAAGGUCCCUCUUUCAUCAGAGAGAUACCCAUACCUCAAGAGAGACCCUUCCUUCAAGAAGUUAUCUCAAGAGGACAUCGACUUCUUCAACUCAGUCCUGCCUCCUUCAGCAAUCUCGCAGGACGAUGGCGAUCUCGAGGCAUUUAACGUUGACUGGAUGCAAAAGUUCAGGGGUCAGUCCAAGCUGUUGCUCAAGCCAUCCUCCACUGAUCAAGUCUCAAAGAUCCUCAAAUACUGCAACGACAACAAACUGGCGGUUGUGCCUCAGGGAGGAAACACGGGUCUUGUCGGAGGAGGAGUGCCAGUCUUUGACGAGAUCAUCCUCUCGACUGCCAAUAUGAAUUCCGUCCGCAGCUUUGAUGAAGUGUCUGGCGCUCUUGUUUGCGAUGCUGGAUGCAUUUUGGAAGUCUUGGACAACUACCUUGCUGAGAGAGGAUACAUCAUGCCCCUUGAUCUAGGAGCCAAGGGAAGCUGUCAUAUCGGAGGAAAUGUUGCCACAAAUGCUGGAGGAUUGAGACUCUUGCGCUAUGGAUCCUUGCACGGAACUGUCCUUGGUCUUGAAGUGGUGAUGGCAGACGGAACAAUUCUGGACAACUUGUCGACUCUUCGCAAGGACAACACUGGAUACGACCUGAAGCAGCUAUUCAUUGGAUCUGAAGGAACAUUGGGUUUGGUCACAGGAGUGUCUAUUAUGGCACCUAAGAGAUCCAAAGCUGUCAACGUCGCCCUGUUGGGUGUCUCCAGCUUUGAACAGGUUCAGGCAGCCUACAAGCGAUCAAGGGAUGAGCUGUCAGAGAUUCUCUCCGCCUUUGAGUUCUUCGAUGAGGCCUCGAUUAACUUGGUCAAGAAGCAUCUUGUUGCAGGAAACAACGACCCCCUGGAGUCCUCCCAUCCUUUCUACGUCUUGAUCGAAACCAGCGGCAGCAACAAGGAUCAUGACGACGAAAAGUUGACACAGUACCUCGAGGGUCUUUUGACGGACGAUAUUGUUCAGGAUGGUGUUGUUGCCCAGGACACGACUCAGUUCAGGAACUUGUGGGCUAUCCGUGAGGGCAUUCCUGAAGCUUGCUCUAAGACCGGACCAGUGUACAAGUACGAUCUUUCGAUCCCUGUCCCAGUCUUUUACAAUAUGGUCGAGGAUAUGCGCGCCCGUUUGAACGACGCGGGUGUCAUCGGAGAGGACAAGGAUGUCGAAGCUGUCGUUGGCUUUGGACACAUUGGUGACGGAAACUUGCACUUGAACAUUGCGUCGAAGCGCUACUCGGAAAAGGUCGCCAAGGUGAUUGAACCCUAUGUGUACGAAUGGACCGCUAAGCACUCUGGCUCGAUCUCGUCAGAACACGGUCUGGGUGUGUUCAAGUCGCCUUACCUUUCCUACUCCAAGUCACCCACCAUGAUCGAUAUGAUGCGGAAGAUCAAGAAGAUGAUGGAUCCCCAGGGUAUUAUGAACCCUUACAAAUACCUUCCUGAGGAGAAGAAGUAG